AUGUACCGGCUGGCCGCCUGCUGCCUGCUUGUCCUCGGAUGCCUGCGGCCGCUCCUCUCUCUCCCGGCCCCGCACUCCGGGGCGGGGCCCCUGCGGCUCUCAGCAGCUGAUGGAGGCGGGUCACCGCGGGGCGAACUGGACAGCGCGUCCCUGUCCCUUCUGCACGGGCUGCUGGGGACGUCCGGGGCGGAGGCGGCCGAGGGGCUCAGGAGAGCAGCUCCUGGCACGUGCCGGCUCUCCUGGCACUCGGGCAUCUUCUUCCGCACAGACUUUUAUUUGGGGGAGGGGGCAUUAUGCGGUUUCUAUCCCGGCACCAACGUGUAUAACCCGAGAGGAAACACGAGAAGGCUUCAGGCUUCCUCUGGACCAGGCCCCGGCGUUUCCCUGAAUCGCCUUUUGGCCCGAAUCAGGGAGCAGCGUGGGAAGCGCGGGCACCCCUCCGAGUGCUUCUGGAAAUACUGCGUCUGA